AUGCUGCACUCGGUCGCGAAUUACUUCCACAAAAGACGAGAAGGUCUCCAGCGAGCUGCGGGGUACUUCGGCGGCGCGUACCUAUUGGGGCAAUAUGUUCUGGGGCGGCUAGAGGACGUCCGCAUGAAGGUCAUGCAGGACCGGUUGGCCCAAGAGAAUCUCAGGAGGAGGUUUGAGCAGAACCAGCAGGAUGUGUCGUUUACGAUUAUGGCGCUCCUCCCGACGCUCUCGAGACAUAUCCUGGAGGGCAUGGACGUGGAGGGCGUAACAAACGAACUGCAGGCGUUCUCGAAGGCGUCGAAGACACCGAACGGCCAGGCUGAGUCGCAGCCCUCCGCUCCUCCGUCUCACGCCUCUAUUAUACCGAGUAUUGAGCUAUCAAGUCCAAGCCAGGACGGCCAUAUGGAGAACGGGUCCGUCUCGUUCAUUUCGUCUGUGCAGGACAACGAUGCUUCUCCCACUAUGUCUGCAUCCACAACAAGCUGGACAGACCCGUUUCCGGAUCUGUCCAGGAAGCCCUCGACCAUCGGAUCAGAUUCUGAGAUCAUCUCCAGCCUGUCGAGCUCACAACAUCAUGUAGAGUGGUCAGGCUCUACGUUGUCUGCAAGCUCUUCGUCCAGUGCCGUCGCAGAUAACUGUAAAACUUCACCACCGGAAAGCAUUGCAUCGGAAACAUCAAGCUCAAUGACAAGGAGUAAAGCAGAGUUGUGGAAAGAAGUGAAGAUGCUAACAUUCACGAGAACACUGACAAUAAUAUAUUCUGUGACCCUUCUAUCCCUUUUUACGCAUAUACAACUAAAUUUGCUGGGUCGAUCAAAAUAUAUCCAUUCGGUAAUACAAGCUGAGCGGGAGGAGAGGCGGAGAGAAAAGCGCCAGUACGAUUUAGAAACACUGUCGUUUCUCCGAGAGGAUGAAGAUUUGCAAGAAGAGCCGGAGGAAGGCACAAAGGAUCUCGAGGCCGUGGAUGAGGAUACUGAGAGAAAGUAUCUCACCUUGAGUUGGUGGAUCCUUCACGUGGGUUGGAAAGACGUUGGUGAACGAGUACGAAGAGGCGUGGAAGAGGUGUUCGAGGGGGUUUCACUCAAAACAAAGUUUUCAGUCGGUGACUUAUUUCGACUCGUGAAUGACGUUCGCCGGCGAGUGGAAUAUGAAGUGACUUUCGAAGGCCAGGAGCGGCGAAUAAACUUCAUGUCUACACUGCUGCCGCCGACGAUAGAGACAUUGCAGCAUGUUCUCGUCCAGGGCGGGAUUCCUACUCGCGUCGCAAGUGCAACGGAUGCGCAGUUCGAGUCCCUCCUUACAGAGACCCGCACCCACAUUUUUUCUGCGUCGUUCCAACGCGUGCUGGAGGUUUGUCUUGACCAGGCAACAGAUAUGCUUUUUUCUGGCCUGCGGAAGAAUAUCUUCAGUGGAGAGACGAUCGGAUGCGGUGUGGACGGCGACGACCAGGAGGUCCGCGAACGCUUGGCCGCAAUGUUACCCGGUCUGGGUAGAUGGUGUCAUUUAGCAUUAGAAACCUAUCCGAACGAAUUGGUGGACGGUUUGGCAGGACUCAGGGACAUGGAAGCUCUUUCUGCUAUUAUAUACUCAAGUUACGAUGAUCGUUUUCGAUAG